GAAUGAAUAACAUCAUAAUUGACCCUAUAUCGAUUUGUGUAUUAGAGUUGUAAGAAAAUAAAUGUAAGAAUUCACUUUAUAACGUUCAGCUUAGUUACGAGAUUAAAUGUGCAUUGAAUGAGGUUUAUUAAUCGAUCCGAAAUAAGUGCUUUCUUCUUUAUGUGUAGAAGACUCUACAUAAAAUUAUAAAUUAUGAUAUUCAUAAAUUCAUUAAGUGUGGAAGUUCUUAUUUGAAGUUUUAAAUAAAGUGAAUACACUGAUACUAUGAAUACAUCUAGAGUUUUCUCAAUUUACUUACUCUGGUGGAAUAUUUAUUACUCCUCAAUAUGUGAAGGUCAAGAAAUAACCCAUCAAGAUAUAAAAGAAGCCAUGUUGAAACUUUCCCUCCUAAUGCGGGAAAAUACAGACAAAUUAGAGCGACACGAGGUUCGAGAACGUCACUUAGGCGACCAAAUGAAAAAAGCUAUUGGAGUGUUAUCUAAAAAAAUGAAUGCUGUCGAAGAGAUACAAAUCCAGAUCAUCGAUUCAGAUAAAAGGAUUACAGAGCUCGAACAAUUAUAUUCUCAGAUUUCAAAUGUUCCAAAACAGGUUUCUACUAUCGAUAGUUCAUCGGGAUUUCUAACAGUUCAUUUUAAAAAAUGGCAAGAUGAUGUGGAGAAAAAACUUUUCGACCACAAUAUGCUAGUCGAGAAACAAACUCAAAUGAUAGAUAAAUUGAUGAAUAUGGUUGACGAUAUACCGACUACUAUACAAAAUAUUCUUAAGAUAAAUGUGGAAGAACAAUCUCGCUUCGUGGACCAAGAACUAUUGAAGCUCAAUAAAACUCAAGCUCUUAUUUUGGCAAUGGCUGAUGAUAUAUUGAAUACAAAAAAGAUGGUUGAAUAUAGUGUUCAUCAAAUUUUACUUGGAGUUGAAAAUUCGAUGAAAAGUGAAAGCCUCAUAUUUAACAAUGCUCUUGAUACAAAUUUUAAUUUUCUCGCAACGAAUUUAAGCAAUAGUCAAAACAAUAUGGAAAAUAAUUUGACAGAUACAAUUGAACGAGAAAUGUCUCAGGUAUGGCGACAGCUGAACUUGAUGUAUCAACAAAUGAAUUCAAAUGGAAAUAUUCUGCACCAACUUCAUAAUCAGACUGAUUUUUUUGCGAAUGGAACUACGGUCACGAUAAACGGAAUGAAUUACAAAAUCUCAGAAAUUUCGAAAAAAAUCACUGAAAUUGAUGGAAAUUUAAACUAUCUCCUCGGGCGCCUCUCAAUAACUACGCAGGAGUUCAAGAAAAUUAAAACUGAGUUAGGAUUUGCAUUAGAUGACAUUAACCAAUACUUCAAAAAAAUUUCGAAAAAUGAUACAGAUCCCAUUUAACAAAGACAAAAAAAUUCUUAGAUUUCCAUAACUAAGGUUAUAUCUACAACAUAAAUGAAUCAAGAUAAUAAUUGAAAUUCGGUUGUAUAUUGUUUAAUAAAGCUUUAAAUACAAAGCCGACUAUUCAAAAUAUAGAAGGAAUUAUGUUUUAAGUUGCAUAAAAUAAGAACUGAAUUGCGAAUGAAUAAAACUAUGAAUCACCCCAUUGUUAAAUAUUCAAUCUCUCAAGUUGAUAGUGCUGUAGGAUCUCAAUAUACAUUACAUACACGGAUGAACAUUCGAUGCAAGUAGGCAUUAAACUGGCUAUGUCCAGAAACUGGGUGAGAUAAUAAUCAACCUCUUCAAGUUUCCUAAAAAUCCAGGUAUUGACCGGUCCAAUGAGCCUAAAAGUCCACCACCCCGUAAGAGCAGAGGCCCAGCGCUCUUGCCACCGUACUAGAGUCUCUUCGCAUUCUGGAGUCCUUGUGUCUGUCAAAGUUCUUCGUCAGCCCACCGAGCAUCCUAGAUGCGUCUCAAACCCUAGGUCGAUUGAAAUCACACCUACGAUGCCAACAUGGCUGCCUCGGAUACCGUUCGAUAAGCACUAGCUUUCCUCAGCAGACUUCUCCGUUGUACUGAUGCAAGUAGCUUACGAUUUUUCUCUACUCUGAGUGUCUCUCCCGAGAUCUCUACUCCGUAGAGCAUGAUCAAGUUCGCAACACUCAUCAUCUAAGCUGCAAAUAUACAAUAACAAUAUGAUCACUUAAAAUGCAACAUAAACUAAAAAAUAUGGGCAACGGUUGACCCUGCGGGCCAGCCCCAUAACUUUCCGCUGUUUUCGAGCUCCUUGAGAUCGAAAAUACUCUUGCAUGCAAUUGUUUUGUGUUAUAAGCUUUCCAAGUUCAAAAAAAUUACGUUUUAUGUUAAAGAUUGAAAAUUUAAGAAUCAAAAAUAAUGAAUGAACAAGCUUUUUUUAAUUUUUAUUCCCAAUGAUGUUCAAUAAAAAUAAUAUCCAUGAUGUAUAUGUCCUUGUCUUGUUAAUACUAUAAUACUAAGAAUUAUACACGGAGAGAAAUUAAUUAUUGUAUCUACUAUACAAAAAUUGUAAUUUUAACUAUCUAAAAUGGUAAAAACAUUUUUCAGUGGUUAUAAUGAUCGGUAUUAUAAUUGAAAAUAAUAACAGUUACAAUUGAUGAUGGUAACGGUUACCAUUCAAAGUUGUAAAAAUUCUUAACUAAGAAUGUGUGCAUGUGUACGUGCGUGGGUAUAUGUCUGCGCGUGUGUGUACAUGUGGUCACGCCGGUGUGUGCGCACCCGUGUGCUUGUGUGUGUGUGCAUGUUCGCGGGCGAGUGUGCGCAUUUGUGCGCGCGUGUGUGUAAGUGUGCGCAUGUGUGCUUGUGUGCGGGAAAGUGUGCGCAUGGAUGUGCGUGUGUGGGGGUAAGUGUGCGCAUGUGUGCGGGUGAGUGUGUGAACCCGUAUUCAUGUACAUGUGUGCGUGCAUGUGCACGUGCGUAGAUAUAUGUAUACAUGUGUGUGUGUGUGUGUGUGUGUGUGUGUGUGUGUGUGUGUGUGUGUGUGUGAAAUUAAUCACUUCCCCAGUUAAACAAAUUACACAUAGACAAGCGUCAGACUAUAACGUUUAUAUUCUGAUUUUUUAUUGGCUUAGAUGGUCAUCAUUAUUUUGGCUGAUAGUAACCAUUGCCAUCAGGUUAUUAAGAAUUACGAUUUUUCAUAAUAGUAGUAAUUAUUUAAGAUAAUAACAGUUAUAAUUUCGGGUUAUCAUAAAUAAUUGUAAACUUUACCAUAUAGAUGGUAGACACUACCAUUCAGAUUGUUUAUUUAAUAAUUUAAAUGAUAUUAUCAAUCAUAUAAUUCAGUUUAAAAAUUGUACUGUAACUUGAUCCCUGUGGAAAAGCUCUCAUAAAUUCUGAUAAGAUAUUGAAUAUUUUUUAUGAGAAUCUAUGAGCUUCGAAAAUAUCUAUGAGAUUUAAAAAAAUUCUCAUAUGAAUUUUUAUGAGAAUCUAUGAGUCAAAGCUUUUGAUGUGUUCCUAUCAUGAUUUCCGUACUAGAUUUUUAAAAGAAUGAGUAAGAUUUUUUAAUUUAUGAGAUUUUGUGACUCGAAUUCCGCCAACGAUUAUGAGAUUGAAUAAGUACUUUCACUUCUAUAAGAUUGUUACAGUUUAUUCUAAUCUAUUUUCAAUAAGAAUUGAUCAGGCGAAUUCCGAUGUUAUAAUACUUACAAAAUCUCAAUAAGAUUAUUUUUUUAUAUGAAAUUUCCAGAAUUUAUAAGUUUUAGUAAGAGUUAUCCUAGGAGAUAAUAUCUUAUUGAAUAUCAUAAAAUAUUUGUCAUAUUUUAUGAGAAAAUAUUUAACAUGUAUUUCUUCGAAAAUUUAUGAGACUGAAUCAGGAAUCACAUGGACAAAUGCAGACCUUUUUCUCAUAAAAAUUUUAUGAGAAUUAGUAAGAAAAUCUAUAAUCGAAUUAACUUGUAAAAACUUAAAAGAUUUAAUUUUAAUUUAAAAGCUAUGUGAUUUAUGAGUUUUUGUAAGUUUUAGUUAGAAGGCUAUUACUUAUAAAAUAUUAUGGAGUACUUAUGAGAUUUUAUAAAUAAUUUCCAUUCACAUAAAAUAUUAAUUUUAUCAGAUUCAUUCAAAAAUAAUUGCUUAACUUCAUUUUUUUUUUAUAAGAAUUUACACCAAAAAUACUAAUAUUAUCACUAUUUCUUGUACUUUAAAUAUUUUAACUGUUCGGAGAUGAGUGAAAAUAUAAGUUUCUAUGUGAUUUUUUACAAACCCAGUAAUUUAUCUUGCCCCAUUUUUUUUUUUUUUUGGUGCAUUAUUUUUUUGUAGCGAUAUUGCAUUUUUUUGGUUAAACAGAAUAAAAUUUCUCGGAACAAGUACUAUUCUUUUCACGCAAGUUUUUUUGUAUUCUCCGAACAAAAUAACAAAAGUUGCUUAAGCCAAGAGAAAAAAUUUCUCGGGAGAAAAGAUCGAUAUGGAGAAGGGGAAAGUCACCGGUGCUAGGUAGCAGCAGCGGGAGUAGUUCGGUGCUCGCCACGAGAUCGCGCCUACGAUUUGUAGUGUCCCUGGUAAGACAUUUAUUUCAGAAGUGUUAUAUUCCAAAUUUCAAUACGAUUUUAUUCGAGUACUCCUGCGUCAUUUAACAGACCAACAAGUACCUGUUUGGGUUGUACUAUAGUAUAUCCCAUAAUACAUCAUGACUUUAAUAUUUAAUAUUAAUGUUUACUUGAGUAAUUUUUGAUGAAUAAAUAAACGGAUUCAAUUUCAUAGAUUUUUCGUGAAUAGAUUGCUAAAUAUUUUCCGCGUAAAUACUUAUACAAAUAUUCUUGAGUAUACAUAAUAGAAACUUUUUGAAUUCAUGCUAAAAAAUUCAAUCAUUUAGCAUAUAAACUAUAUGGAAAAUAACUGUACUCACAUUAAUUAAUCAGUAUCAAAUCUUGUAUGAUUACUUCAGAAAUCGUCUCAUACAAUCUUAUUCAUUUCCAAAAUCUACUCAAUUGUAAACUUUACAUUUUUCGAAAACUUAUAAAUACUUAUACUCACAAUAUUACAGCUUCUGUUUCUUAUAGAUUCUGAUAAUUUAUAUGAGAAUUUUAAGAAAAAAAUUUUUUGGAUGCACCAUCUAUGAGAAAAUAAUUGUAUCAGAAUUUUUGAGAUUUUUCGUGGACAAAUACUGAUCGUUUUCU